GCAAGCAUGGCGACUGGUGCUCCUGCCCGCGCUCUGCGGACAGCCCUAGUCCGUCCCCAACGGCCACACCUCGCCGCGUUCCUCCACGCGCGCAGCCCCGCGUCGCCCCUCGCCUCGUCGCGCCCUUCCCUCCCCUCUCCCUUCGCCCCGGCCUUCGCCAGCACCCGCCGCACCUUCGCGAGCACCGCCCCGGCAUCGGCCUGGUUCCCGUCGUUCGGCGCCGCCAAGCCCGCACCUGCCGCGCCCGUCGAUGCCGCCGAUGCGCCCCGCUCGUUCGUCGACGAGCCGAGCACCGCCGCCGCUGUCGCCGCUGAGCCGGCCCAGGCCGGAGCAGUGCCGCUCCCGCCUACGCCCGCACCAGUCGAGGCGGCCGCACCAGUGCCGGCGGCGGCGCCCGCCGACGAGGCGGCAGCAGGCGCCGUCCAGAACGUCUACGACGGCAUCGCGACCGGUUCGCUCGACCUGUCGUCGCUCGUCGGCUCGUUCGGCCCGCACCCGAUCAUGCGCCUCCAGUCGCUCUUCCUCCACCUGCACGAGUCGUUCCCGCUCCUCGGCCACCCGGGCGUCCAGUGGGCCCUCGUCAUCCCCGCCGUCACCCUCUUCCUCCGGUUGCUCCUGUUCCCGUUCCAGGUGCGCGCCCAGAGCAACGCGGCGCGCAUGGCCAUCAUCCAGCCCGAGAUGCUCAAGGGCAUGAACAAGCUCAAGGACGCAAAGGCCCGCAACGACUUCCACGCGAUGCAGGCCGCCCAGAUGGAGACGCAGGCCCUCAUGAAGAAGCACGACGUCAACCCGAUCCGCAACCUCGUCUUCCCGCUCGCCCAGGCCGCCGUCUUCAUGUGCAUGUUCUUUGCCCUGCGCGGCCUCGCCAACGCCGGCAUCGUCAGCAUGUCGACCGAGGGCUUCGGCUGGGUCCAGGACUUGACCCAGCCCGACCCGUACUACCUCCUCCCCGUCACGAGUACCGCCCUCACUCUCGCCACCCUCGAGACCGGCGUCGACUCGAGCACCCAGGUCCAGACGUCGACGACCAAGAACAUGAAGAUGAUCUUCCGCGUCCUCCUCGUCGGCGCGCUCCCCUUCAUCGCCUACUUCCCGGCGGCCCUCCUCAUCUACUGGACGACCAACAACUUCCUGUCGCUCGUCCAGUCGACGCUCCUUAAGACGCCGUUCAUGCGCUCGCUCCUGUCGAUCCCGACGCCGCCGCCCAAGCCGCAGCCAGGCGACGCCAACUACGUCCCCGAGCCGUCCUUCUCCGAGGCGUUCAAGAACAUGCAGGUCGGCGCCAAGGAGAAGUGGCAGGAGACGCAGGACAACGCGCGCAAGCAGGCCGAGCUCGACUCGAGGUUCAAGAGCCUCGGCCAGCAGCGCGCCGAGGUCUACACGCCGCGCAAGCCGCGCGCGAGGGACGUCACGCCCGGCGGCGUGCAGCAGGUCGCCGCCGAGCUCCUCGAGACGGGCUCGACCGAGAAGCCGGCCGUCAUUCGCGCCGAGCGCGUCGGCGACGCCGAGGCUGAGCGCGCGAGGAGGGUCGCAGAGGCGCGCAGGAGGAGGCUCGCAGGGCGCAAGUGAGGUGCGGUGCGGUCGAGCGUGGGUGCGCGUGAGGACGGGCGCGAGUAGACGGGCGCAGAGACUGUUCCCCCCUCCUUUUCCCUUGUAUCAGCAACGACGACUUGUUCUUCUCCC